AUGCCUUCAGAGGCAGCAGAGGCAGCGGCGGAGCCAGCCCCCAGCCCUGCGGCCCCGCCGCCCGCCUUUGACAUCCGUCCCUGGCAGUUCCGUGAGGACCUGGAGCGAGCGGCCUGGCUGCGGGCGGAGGCAUACUACGAGAAGCGCAGCGUGGGCCGCUUCAAGGCCUCCUUCAUCAAGCAGUUUGCGGGGCAGGAGCUGUACGCGCUGCUGCGCCGCACCAAGGGCGCCCAGCCGCUGUGCGUCACGCUGGUGGCCACCCGCGGUAGCCCCGCGGCCGCUGCGGCGGCGCCGGCUGAGGCGCCUGCCGCGCGCGGUGCGGGCGGCUGCCUGGGCACACUUGAUGUGCGGCUGCUGGACGGCGCGGUGGCUGCCUUCAUCGACGCAUACGGGGGCCUGAGGUGGCCGGAGGGCGUGCCGCGCGGCGCCGCGCCCGCGGCCUACGUCAGCAACGUGGUGGUGGCGGAGGCGCAGCGCGGGCGCGGGCUGGGGCGCGGGCUGGUGGGCGCGGCGGCGGAGCUGGCGAGGGAGCGGUGGCGGGCGGGCAAGGUGUACUGCCACGUGGAGGUGGGCAAUGAGCCUGCGCUGGCUCUGUACCGCGCCUGCGGCUUCAGCCAGCUGGGCGAGGAGCUGGCGCCAGAGGAGGAGGGCUUGGGUCGACGGCGGCUGCUGUGCUUGGCGCUCGCAGAGCCAGACCCAACAUUAGCAGCAUGA